AUGACUUCACUUGAGUUCGACGAAGGCGCCAUUCCGAGCCUGCAGGGCAAGGUUGCCAUCAUAACCGGGGGCGCGUCGGGCAUCGGCUUCGCGGCGGCAAAGACCAUGCUGGCGAAGGAGGCGACGGUGCACAUCCUGGACGUGAACGAGCCGGACAGCGACGACGACGAGGCAAGCAACUGGCGGGAAUGGCCUCGCCUCCACUUUCACAAAUGCAACGUCGCCGACUGGGCGGACCUGCGCGCCGUCAUCGACGCCAUCGGGCCCUUCCACCUGGCGUUCGCCAACGCCGGCGUGGCCGAGAAGUCCGACUACUUCGCCGACACGUGGGACGAGUCGGGCAGGCUCGAGCUGCCGAGCCGCGCCCUGCUCGACGUCAACCUCUUCGGCGCGCUGCACACGGUGAAGCUGGCGUGGAGCUCGAUGCGGCGCCACGGGAUCCGCGGCUCCAUCGUCGUCACGGCCAGCACGACGGGCUACGCGCCCGAGGCGGCGCUGCCCGUCUACUCGAUGGGCAAGACGGCGCUCGUGGGCCUCGUGCGCGCGCUGCGGCACCGCACCGUCCUCGACGGCAUCACCAUCAACGCGGUGGCGCCGGCCGGGACGCGGACCCCGCUCAUCGCCGAGCACGUCGGCCCGCUGUCGGCACUGGGCGUGCCCUUCAGCUCGGCGCACUUUGUCGGCGUCGCGCUCGUCUACUCGGCCACGGCGUCGCAGGAGCGGCGCGUCGAGCCCUACGGCAAGGAGCACGACGCCGAUAUCUGGCGCGCCGAGCGCUGGAACGGUCGCAUUAUCUACGUCCUGGGCGACCGCUACACCGAGCUGGAGGAGGCCAUCGCCGACCUGCGCCCCUUUUGGUUUGGCAGGGAGAACCUUAGACUCACACGCUCGCAACAGGCUAUGCUGGAUAUGAGGGAGGGCGUCGACGCGCCGAGAGAGUAG